UUAAAUAAGAAGAAAAACAAUCGGGCUCGAUAUUUUGUGAUGGGUGUACCAUCUGAUUUUGCAGAAAUCAAAACAAUAUAUCAUAUCUUGAAUAUGAAAUACUAAAUAGGAUAGAAAAGUUUUGGGACCUGAAUAUUACAACAUAAGUAUCAUCUGGUCAUUGAGUCCAACAAUGUCUGGGAAUCCAGCUGUUGAGGAGCAGAGAGGUGAUCAGCAGAGCAGAGAUAUGGAUGCUGACAGCAGCAAAGAGAGUACUGACAUACAUGAGAAGGAUCCACAGGGUGCCCCCGAGACUGGGGAGGGUCCACUCCCUGAAGAGGAGAGCUGGACAGCUGUGGACCCCUCAAUGGUAGAGAAUCUGUCCAUAGGUCUGCUAGAAAUUUGUCUGCCAUCCUUGCAGAAAUCAAAGAGCUCAUUGGAUGAUCUGCUACAGAACCAGCAGUUCCUCACUGAGUCUGUGCAGCAGGAGAACUCAAAAUUUGCUGAUUGCAGAGAUAUUGAGGAGCUUAGUAAAACAAUGAACCAAGCCAGGAAAUAUCACACGAAAUUAAUCAACCUUAAAAAAGAGAUGAACUUGUUGUCAGACAAGGGUGUUAAACUAAAGCGACGAGCCCUGAAGAUUCAGCAGCAGAAACAAAAGGAAGACCUCCAGCGAGUCCAGCAGAGGAUGAGAGAGCAGGAGAGGGAAAAAAUGUUGGAGGCAAAGGUCGUCAAAAGGUCACAGUCGCCAACCUAGCACCAUCAUUCAAGCAGUAGAAUGUUUUUCAGCUAUUCAUGUCAUGGAUUAUAUCAUUAUUUACUAUAGUACUCAUUUAUUCAUUGCACAUGACACCACAUCUGAUUGUUGCAAUAAGAAAUAUUAUUGAUGAUUCUUUUUGGGAGUUUUUUGUGUAAUUGAAAUUGAGAAUUGUUUAGACAUACUAUAGUAGGAAAUACACGAUCUUGUCAAAUGUCAAGCAAAUAUCUUAAAAUAAAAUUUCAGGUUCAAAAAGUCUGUACACAAGAUAUAUGAAUAUUUAUGUUGCUGAGUUACUGGUUUUUUUGCAGUAAGUAUUUACUGGAUUCAAUGUUUGGUAAAAUAUUUUAUUCUGAUUUAAAAUACUAUAUAACUGUAUAAUUGUUGAUUUUAGCAACUGUAUGUCAAAUAUAUGUUUGAUAUUAUGCUUAAUAUUAUGCAUUUGAUACACUCUGAAGACAAUAAUUGUGACACAGUCAUCAAUUUCAUUUCUGAAAGGGAUGUAAGACACCCAGCAUUUGCGAGAAAAAUUAUAAUAUUUUUUAGGCUGUGGGGAAUUUUUAAAGAUUUUCCUAAUUCAUAUUAAAUUCACUUUAAAACU